AUCAUUCCCAAAAGUUUUGUCAACAUCAUGAGAUCUGUUUUCAUCGUUCUUUUGGUUGCUUUCGGCUGCCUGGCUCUGGCUAAGGGACAAUGCCCCCAGGUCUGUACCAGGAUAUUUAGUCCUGUUUGUGCCUCUUGGACACGUCGUGGCAUAACCGAUGUCUGCACUUUCCCCAAUGCAUGCACCUUACGAAAUCAGAUUUGCCAGCGCAAUCAGAAUUGGAUAUUGCGGACAAAUUCAGCCUGCAUUAGGGAAACAAGAGACUGUAUUGUUCUCCGACAAUAAAUGGAUUUGAAUUUGUGUUGCCAAAGCCGAAGUAAAUAAACCGGUAUAUUUCCGUGAUUAAUCAAGAGAGCAUAAA